AUGGCAGAAACUCGGUGUUUACCCAUCAUCGAAGAAGAGGAAAUAGAAGUAGACGAUGACUUCUACGAGAACAUCGAAGCUCCCAAGUUUGUGGACCUCACCGCACCUGAUUCUCGCCGCCCGGGCGAUGACCGCCACUGGUUCUGCUUCCGCGUUGGGUGUGACCAAAAGCAUGAACAAGAGUUGGACUCUGAGGCAGUUUACAAGAAUUUUGUUCUUCGGGUUAUGGCAGCCAGAAGCCCAAAUGUACGCCUCAGAAAAGCUUUGAAUAGAAGAGAAGCAAGCGCAAAGUGCCCCCUUACAGCUCCUGCAAAGUCAAGGGUGUCAAGAAUGGGCUUUAUUUCCUCAUUGUCACACAAGAUGACCGACAACAACGUGAAAGUUAAACCUCUUUCUAAGGUUGCUGCAACCCCAAAUGCUAAGGUGAGGCCAUCACCUUCGGUGGUCAAGGCCUUGACUACCCCGAGGAAUAAUCAGAAGAAGGUUUCCAAUGUAGAACAAUUUAGAAGUGUUCAGAGCAAGAAAGCCUUGACUGUUGGUGUGCCUAAGAGCAGAGUGGUGGCUAAGGCUCUUGUUUUUCACUCGCCUAAGAAGGUGAUAAAGAUCAAGAGUUCCAUAGAAUUGAAAACACCAAUGAGAGCACUGUGUUCAGCAAUGAAAAAGCUUGAGCUCAAUGAAGUGAAGAAGAAUGGAGAAGAAGGUAGCAACUCAUUGCCAGUGACUGCCUCCAAAAAACAAUUGAGGGGAAGAGAGGUUAAAAGCCGCGUGUUUGACUCCUUGUAUUCUAAUAAUAGCAAGGAACCGGAAACUAACUCAAAGUCCAGUUUGAAGGAGAAGAAAGUGAAAAAAGGCAUUCAGAAACGCCAGGUUGCUAAGCCUCAUCAAAAUGACUCCAGUGAUAUGGAGAUAGAUGAGAAAUCUAGGUGUGGCUCUCUAGAAGGAUGCAUUGAAUCCGGAACUUCAGCAAGGGGUGGUGGACUAUCUCAUGAAAUUUCUCAAGAACCAACAAGAGGGGAGAGUGAAAUUGAGGAGACAAGGAACUCGGUUUCCGCUAAGGGAAAAGUUUCUGGAGCCAAGAAGAGAAAGGCUGAAGAAAAUUCUGAUGACAAAGAAAAUGAUGGGCGGCAGCCCAAUGAGAAUGAUGACAAGGAAAAUGCUUCAACCCCUCAUGAAAACAUCUGCAGAGAGGUGAGUACCGAUAAUGACGUGCCCAAAAAAAAGGCUAUUCUUGGGAGCAAGCAUGAGGAUUCGAGAAAAACACAAAAGAAAUCUACAUCGACCACAACUGCUUCUCAAGUUGUAAAGUACAGAAAAUUAAAGCCCACAAAUCCUAAGCCUUUUAAGCUGAGAACUGAUGAAAGGGGAAUUCUUAAAGAAGCAAACUUGGAUAGAAAAAAUCCCUCACCUUUAGAAGAAACCACAGUUAAAGGUGGGAAGGCAAUGAGGAAGCAUCGGAUUGGAAAUCGAAAAAGUGAAACUUGUUCUACAAAAAGUGAACAAGACACUGACUAUUAUAGCAGUUGUGAUGAGAAAUCAAGCCAAACAACACAAGAAAACCAAUCUGGAAGCAUUCAAAUUGACAAUUCCAACUGCAAGGUGCAACGUAAAUUAUCUGCUACGGCACCUCACAAAAAUCCUCCUGGUCCUAAACUUCAGAAAUCCAUUGAUGUGAAUGAUAAUUUCAAAAGAAAAUCCGAAUUGACGCAACGUAAAUUUCUAAGGCCUUUAAGUACUUUACCAAGGAAGAAAGAAAAGGUUGUCAUUGCAACAAAACUAAGUGUUAUUGUCGAAAAGCCAUCAGACAUUGUAAAGCCAAAGGAAGCAAAGCCACGUAAAGUUGAAGCAGGUUCUUCACCUACAUGUAAAACUAGGGGUUCCACUCCUAGGCCUUGUUCACGGGGAAGGAGGGCAUUAACUGUUCCUGUGGAACCAAAGUUUCACAGCCUACAUGUGCCGAAGGGUUGCAACACCAGAAAACACACUUGA